GGCGCCCCUGUCUCGGUUUGAACCUCGCGCUCCUCUCCUCUCCUGCAUAGCCAAUGUUCGGGUCUGUUCGCCUUUUAAGGACGACCCUGGCUGUCGGUGGGAGGGGCUCGCGUGGUUGCUUAUAUUGGGGGCUGAUUGUCGCCUGGUUACAGUGAAGAGAGCCGGCAUUUUCACCACGGCAGCCGUCCAACCAACAGCUCGGCAGUAUCGGAUACAGAGACCAAGCAAGAGCGAGCAAGCGAACAGCCAGCCAGCCAGCCAGCCAGCCACUGCACCCAGUGAAGCACCGUUGCCGGAAUGAAGAUCGAGAACGCCCUUGCGCUGCCCUGCCCCGCCCAGCAGGAGACGGCAGAGUCUCAGUCCGGGCUGGAGUUCACCAUGGCGACAGAGGAGGACUUCGCUGACAUCAUGAGCAUGAGCAAGGACAUCUACGGGGGGCUGGACUACCUGCCCACCCGUUACCAGUCCUGGAUGCAGGAGGAAUACCGACACGUCGUACUGGCACGCAAGCAGGGCAAAGUGAUAGCCCUCGAAUCGGUGUGCGUUAUUGACGAGGGAGAGACGGUACUGGUGGAGGGGCUCCGAGUCGCCCCCUCCGAGAGGGGGAAGGGCGUGGCCGGGGUCCUGCUCAAGUUCUGCUCCCAGUUCAUCAAGGCCCGGUACCCCGAGGUCAAGGUGACCCGGCUGACCCGGGACGACAAGCUGGGGCCCAAAGACUUCCAGAAGUACCGGCUCAUCACCAAGCAGGUGCCUGAGAGCAUAGAAACAAAUACAUGCAUAGACACAUACACACAUACAUACAUACACACACAUACACAAUGGGCUAUUUAUGCUGGGCGUGUCCGAGCGGAGGACCUGCAGCCCCGCCUCAUGCAGCUGCUGAUUCGUAGCACUUUUUUUACUUUACCACUAUCAAGCACCUGCUCAUUCUGGCAUGUACCGCUGCUUGAGCCCGGGGAGGCGCGCCGCCUCUUCCUGAGCCAGGGCGUGGUCGGGGGGGUGCUGCCGAACCGCACCAUCCUGCAGGACUGGCAGCCCUUCAAGCCGCUGCCCAGCAACCUGGACAUCCUGCUGAAGAAGGACGUGGACUGGAUGGUGGACAGCGCCAAGCAGCCCCGUGUGGCCAGCCUGUGCACCUUCCCCUUCCCCGUGCCCAUCGGGGAUGACUGCUUCUACCUCAACAUCGAUGUCUUCGGCAAGGAGCUGGGGCCCGCGCGCAGGCAGGUCCUGGCUCACCUCCGCAGGCACACCGAGGGCCUCAGGGGCCAUGUCAUGUGCCAGGUGUUUCUGGAGCCCGCCCUCUGGGAGCCCGUGGCCGAUCUGUUCAAGCAGGAGCUGGAGGUGGAGCGAGUGAAGGAAUACACAGAGCAGUGCGUGGUGGAGGCCGAUCUGUGAGGAGGAAAGAAAGGAAGCCCUUAGAGAAGUUUUCUGCAGAGUUAACGAAGCACAGCAAGAGAGCAGGGUGGGUCAGCGUCGGGGGGGGGGUCUUGAGACAUACACCACCACCCCCCCCCCCCCUGCCUGGCUACCCCCUCUGUGGUUAUACUCUGCAUUAGCCAUGGUCUACCGUGUUUAACCUGUUUCACAGUGUUUAUUCCUAUUCCUUACAUUCCUAGUAAAUGCAUAGCAGAGUGAGAGGACGGUGAAGCUUAUUCUACAACCAC